CGGGAGUCAGAGCGGGACUCAGAGUCAGAGAUCUCGUUCCAGCUAGAGAGCAGCUGUACUCGCCAGGGGGGCGGCGCCAGGUGUAGUGGAUAGGGACGUGGUUGGAGAUGCCAAUGGCGCCGCUGCAGCAGUAGGCAUUGCCCUUUCCAGGAUCCUGUUCCUGUCCAGAAAGUCUCCCAGGGCUUCAAGGGAAUAGGCACCUCAGCGAUGUGCAUUAUAGACGGCGCCCGAUCGUGUUUUGCACACGAGUUGGACAUUCAUUCUGCUAUUCUUGCAUUGUCUGCUGCAUUACAAUUGGCUCUUCUAGUUUCCUAAUCGGGCUGGCAGCGGCCUCUGCUCGAGAAUUGCUUGCUGAGAAGUCAUUACAGGUCCAAUUCUUUUCUUGCUACAAGAGAUGGCCCUAUCUCCAGGAGGAGGGGGUUCUGGGAUGGACAACGAUGCAGGAAAGCUUUUUGUUGGCGGAAUCUCAUGGGAGACCACCGAGGAGCGGCUGAAGCAGCACUUCGAAGCGUACGGCGAGGUUGUUGAAACAAUCAUCAUGAAGGACAGGGCCACAGGCCGAGCGCGCGGGUUUGGAUUUGUGGUCUUUGCAGACCCCAGCAUUGCUGACCAGGUGGUGCAGGAGAAGCACACCAUUGAUGGACGCCAGGUGGAGGCUAAGAAGGCUGUUCCCAGAGAUGAGCAGCCUGGCCAUCCUCGUACGUCCGGGGUUGGCCAACAGUUCAGGACAAAGAAGAUCUUUGUAGGCGGGUUGGCUUCCACGGUCACGGAAGAGGACUUCCGCUCCUACUUUGAGAACUUUGGCACCAUCACCGACGUUGUGGUCAUGUACGACCACCAAACGCAGCGGCCGCGCGGGUUUGGCUUCAUCAGCUUUGACCAGGAGUCGUCGGUGGAUACAGUGAUGGAGAAAUCAUUCCAUGAGCUGAAUGGAAAGACGGUCGAGGUGAAGCGCGCCAUUCCAAAGGAACUGUCUGGUCCAAGCCCAAGCCGGGGGGGUGCGUACGGAGGGGGGCGAGGGGUCAGUCCUUAUGGGGGUUACGGGGGCGGUUACGGGAGUGAAUACGGAGGCCGUGGGGACAGGGGCGGUGUAUAUGGCGGCAGGGGUUAUGGGGCUUACAGCGGAGGUUAUGGUGGCUAUGGUUUGAACGGCGCUGGAGGGAGUGGCUAUGGUGGCGGUGCGGGGUAUGGGUCCGGUUAUGGGAGCGGCGGCAGUGGCUAUGGCAGUGCAUACGGCGCGGGAGGCUAUGGUGGAAGCUAUGGUGCCGGGUCGUCAAGCAGGUAUGGCGCAAGCAGUGCGUACGGUAGCGGUGCCUACGGGGGUUCCGGCUGGGGCGCGGGCACUGGCGCCUCCGGCGGCAGCUCGGCGUAUGGCUCCUAUGGGGCCAGCGGCUAUGGUGGGGCCGAUGCGUACGGAUCGUCUGCGGGUGGUGACGCGGGGUACGGCAGUGCUGGGUAUGGCUCAGCGGGCGGCAGCACUGCCAGUUACGGCGCGUCAGGGUAUGGCGGAUACGGUGGCUACGAGCAGGGCUUUGGCUCCUCGAGCGGCGGGACGGCGGGCGCCUACGGGGACGCUUCUUAUGGGAGCUAUGAGGGGUCGGGACGGGCAGGCCAACGCGGGUCGGAUGCGCGCUUCCAAUCGUACACCAGAGAUCGGUCUGCCAGCUAGGGCAGCAUACGGCGGAAUGAGUCUCCCGACUGGAUGAGCCUUAGGGGCAGCAAGGUUGUAGGGGUAGGGCGGGCUUCAAGUUGCUUCAAGUUCGCUAUUCGGGACAGCUGGCACGGAGGCUGGUAGUUGUAGGAUGAGGUGCAUCCUGCCGGGGUUGAGGCGGGGGCGAGAGGCAGGGUGCAAUAGCGCACACUCGUGGCCUUAGUUUGUAAGGAGAAUCAUGUUCAUCGAGAGGACUCUGCUAACGUACCUACUGGUAUUGUGCUGGCGCCACAGUAGUCGUGCAUCUGCUGUUGCAGAACAGCGUCUGCAGAGGGAUGCAAUUCAUUGCGAGCACCUUGCGGGAGAGCGCUAGCUUGGGAGCACACGGGACUCGAUCCGAGCUGGUUGUGCGCCAACGCUGUGGUACUCGACGGCAUUUGAAUCACACAUCUUGGACAAUAUAUAGAUAGUCGGUGUAGUGAUAAAACUAUCGUUUUUGAGUGUUUGAUCCGAACAUUUUGUUGGGAUGUUAGAUAGCGUUCGAGCGUCCGUAGUGUAUCUGCCAUUCUUUGAGGAAGUACGCUAUACAGUGGUAAGUCAGCAUUCCUGUUGUAAUUUCUAUUGGCUUGGCUAAGGCCAGUAUUUGCAACAACAGUUCAGCCAGUGUAUAAGAAUUAGAGAAUGUUUUACCACAAUUUGAUACAGCUACUUUUCAAAUUUCACGAACCGAGUCUCUUAGUGACUUGGAAUAAAGAGACUUCUAUAAGUUGUGUAAGUCUUUCGAUGGUUUCAACCAUCCUUUCCUCCGCGCACUACUCAACUUCAGCUUAAGACGUUUUCCUGAUCGAGUCUGCGCAGCACAGAGGAAAUUGUGUGC